UGGAGGAUUCGGAGAAGAAUUAUUUGCCACCAGCUUGCUACACGAUGUCGCGUGCAGAGAAACGGAUUUUUUGCGAGUCAUUGUAUGGCAUUAAGGUCCCUACUGGCUACUCAUCGAAUAUGAAGCGCUUUGUUACCUUAAAUGGUGAGUUGAAGUUAUCGAGUAUGAAAUCGCACGAUUGUCAUGUCAUGAUGCAAGUAUUCUUACCGAUUGCAAUUCGUGGGAUACUUCCAAAGCAUGUGAGGCACACCAUUACAGAACUGUGUUCAUUUUUUCAUUCAAUCUGCAGCAAAGUCCUAGACCCGUCGACCCUCGAUUCCUUGCAGUCCAGAGUAGUUGAAACUCUAUGCAAAUUUGAGAUGUAUUUCCCCCCCGCAUUCUUUGACAUUAUGGUCCAUCUCAUUGUCCAUCUAGUUCGAGAAAUUAAGCUGUGUGGUCCAGUGUUUUUGAGGUGGUGCUAUCCUUUUGAGAGAUAUAUGGGAACUUUGAAGGAUAAAGUUCGAAAUCCUGCACAACCAGAAGGUAGUAUAAUUCAAGGGAUUGUGGGUGAAGAGAUCAGUAAUUUUGUGGCUGAGUAUUUUGCUAGUGUUGAUCCUGUUGGACUUCCGACAUCCCGACACGAGGGCAGACUUGAGGGCAAGGGUACAAUUGGUUCAAAAUUGAUCACACCUUCCGUAGAAAAGCGUAAACAAGCUCACUUAUUUGUAUUGCAUCACGUACCAGAUGUCCAUCCUUAUUUAAGUGAACAUAUGGAGGAAUUACGUGUUAGCAAUCCUGGAAAAGGAGUGAGGGCAUUGACGCAAAUGCAUAACAAGACUUUCAUUGAUUGGUUUCAUAAACGAGUACUCAAUGAUUUGGAUGAAAGUGUUCCUGAAACAGUCAAGUGGUUAGCAUUUGGUCCUCGUGAAGCUGUACGCUCUUAUGAGGGUUAUGAUAUUAAUGGGUAUACGUUUUGGACUGAACGUCAAGAUCUAAAGUCAAGAUCGCAACAAAAUAGUGGUGUUUCACUUGUGGCGUCGUCUACACAAUAUGCAAGCUCGAAAGAUAAGUCGCCUGUACAUGCUGAAAGCAACUAUUAUGGGCGAAUACAAGAAAUAUGGGAGCUGGACUACUGUACUUUUAAUAUUUGCCUCUUGUGUUGCACGUGGGUUGACAAUAAUCGACGUUGUGUAAGAAACGAUGAUGGUCAAUUGUUGUAUUUGGUAUAA